UAAGGUUAGAUUCCAGUCAUCACUAUUUGCCUAUUUUUCUCCUGCAGGGUGACAGAGGGGCGCCUGGAGGUCCUGGCCCACAGGGCUCUGAGGGGGGACCGGGUUUACCUGGUUUACCUGGUCUGGCUGGAUUUUCUGGAUCCAAGGGUGAAUAUGGUGCAAAAGGUAGACAAGGUCCUGCGGGAGAACCUGGUAAAGAUGGCGAGUCGGGCAAUGACGGUGCUCCUGGAUCUGUUGGUGAACCAGGCUUACCAGGGCCUAAGGGACGGGACGGGACACCCGGACGAGCAGGAAAGCGUGGAGACCGAGGAGCAACUGGAAGUCGCGGAGUUACCGGAGCCGUCGGAAGUCCUGGAGUUCCUGGAGCUAUGGGCCCAGCUGGUCCGCAAGGUGCUAUUGGACUGCCUGGAAGUCCAGGCGAAAAGGGUCUCAAAGGAGAGCAAGGUGACCUUGGAACAAGAGGAGAGGCCGGGGACAUGGGAACUGAGGGUUUGAUUGGACCAAAGGGCUCCCCGGGCUCACCUGGAGCUUCUGGUAACAGAGGUGCGGUGGGAGCAUCUGGUCGACCUGGCAGUCAGGGUCCACCU